AUGCUGCCCAAGACUGUCGCUCCUUUACUGGCCCUUGGGUCAGCGUCGCUCGUUUUUGCCCAGAAUCCUGUUGCCGUUACUGGCGUCUUGGUGAAGAACGGGGCUGCUCCUAUUCGUCGAAACAUCAAUGACCUCGCUAAAGAGGCCGGUCCGCAGUGGGACCUCUAUAUCCAGUCGCUCUCGGCCAUGUAUGAGGUAAAAUCAACAGACGCCUUGUCUUUUUUCCAGGUCGCCGGUAUCCACGGGUGGCCGUUCGUCGAGUGGAAUGGUACCGGCGCCGGGCAGAAUAACAACGACUGGAACGGCUACUGUCCCCACGGCGAGCCCCUAUUUCUCUCAUGGCACCGACCAUACGUGGCUCUUUUUGAACAAAUCCUGGUCGAGCAUGCGAGGCAAAUUGCCGCCGCGUAUCCCAAAGAUCGCCUCAGCGAGUACACGCAAGCGGCCGAGACGCUCAGGGCUCCGUUCUGGGACUGGGCAUCGGCGAGAGCGGUUCCCGAGGCCACAGUUCCGGAGAGCGUCACCAUCAACACUGCAGAGGGCCAAAAACAAGUCGAGAACCCUUUAGCCACGUACAAGUAUCCACAGGAGGCUAUUCAAGGCCAGUACGGGGACAUGAAUCGUAUACGGCCCGAGGCCGGCCAGCAGCCGCAAACGUACCGAUGCCCUUCUCCACAGUCGUAUCCCAAGUCGGCCAACGAAGCUCUGAGUCUGACCAAGAACCAGGUCAGGACCAACGACUUGAGGGCCAUGGUAUAUGACGUCUUCACCAACUCUCAAACUUUUUCCCAGUUUGCCUCGACGAGGAACAGGGGUUUCAGCCUUGAGCAGAUCCAUAACAGCAUCCACGUCGAGGCAGCCUGCAGGUCAGACUUUCUUAACCAGUUUGUGGCUGGCUUCGAUGUCCUCUUCAUGCUGCACCACGCCAAUGUGGACCGCCUGUGGGCCUACUGGCAGGCCAUUCACCCCGAAGAGGCCAACCUAUCUGGCUCAUACUCUGGAGGCGCACGCUUCACGACGUCCAGGGGAACCAGCAUCAGCCUCAACUCGCCCCUCGAGCCGUUCCACGGUCAAGAUGGAGAGCCCCACACCUCAAAGACUGUGGCAUCGAUUCGAGACUUUGGAUACUCGUAUGAAGGUUUGGAGGAGGGCAAAUCUGACCAAGAGACGAGGAACGAGGCCGUGAGGUUGAUCAACCGACUCUACUCAGGCAACAGUCCCCCUGAGCCUCCCUCGUCCAGUGGCAACCCGGACCGUCCCGGUCCUGGAAAUGGCCCCGACAGCACUCGUCCCGGCAACAAUACUGGCCCAAAGAAUGGUACCCGUCCGGGUAUUUCUCCUUCUGGGAGCCCCAACGAUCCCCGUCCAAGCAACAACCCCAACAAUCCCCGUCCUGGAAAUAGCCCUAACGGCCCUCGUCCUGGCGACAAUUCUCCCCCGGGAGCCAACAAUACCCUUCCGGGCACUCGUCCUUCUGGUAACCCCAAGAGUCCCCGUCCAAGCAAUAGCCCUACCGGCCCGGGCUUCCCCACCUCGAGCAAUAAUCCCAAUAGCUCGGGCUUCCCUAAUUCAGGGAGUAAUCCCAACGGCCCAGGCUUCCCUAAUUCAGAGGAUAAUCCCAACGGCCCAGGCUUCCCCCCGUCGGACAACGGCCUCAACGGCUCCGGUGACAACGGGGGCAUCGACAGCAACCAGCGCCAAUACGCCUAUGUCCAGCUCGAAGUCGAGCAGGUAGAGCGGCCAUGCUUUGUCAACAUCUACGUUGGCGACAAUCACGCUGGCAGUAUGGUUGUCAUGUCCCAGCCAGCAAGGGGCAUUUUCAACGGUGCUGUUUUCCUCAACGGUGCCAUUGACAAAUUCGGUAGCCAGGCGAGCAAUAGCACUUCGCGUGAGUUCAAUAACAAUAUCUACAUUGACAUAACAAAGCCCGAUGGCCAGAGAAUAGAUCUCAGCUCCGUGGCCAGCUUGAAAGUCGAAGUGAGCCAGAUCACCGUCACGCCUCCCACCAGCGAUCACCAGUUCCCCGCAGUCGAAAUCAAAGACCCAGAGCCGGUCAAUGGCGGGCGCGAACUGAUGCCACCACCUUCGUCAGCCCAAACCGAGUACGGGCCGAGGAUCGACGGCGGCGGCAACAGUGAAGGAAGCGGAAGCGGAACAGGCGGCGGCGGCAAGAAGCCCGAGAACGAACGUAGCUCUGCAGUGGCCACGUUUGUUUCCCACUUAUUCUUUGCGUCGGCCCCAUUGGCAGUCUCGGGCCUUCUUGCAGUGCUUUAA